AUGCAAUGUGUUCCACUUUUCCCAUUUUUAGCAGGACACGCUGUUGGUAUCCUUACUGAGUGGUUUGGGGUCUCAUUACACUAUAAUGUUAUAAUCGCAUCCAGCAUUGUGUCACUACAGUUCGAAUCCCUGACGUUGAGCUUCAUUAAGAAACAUCAAGCCAUUGCUAUCAUAUUAAAAACACAUAUUGUACCAAAUUUUCUGUUAUUUUAUUUUUACUUUUGUUGUUUGAUUACUCCUCUACUCGUUACUGUCUGUGUCAAUGUUGUUUACGAGCAGAAAGAUGAGCAAUUUAGUUAUAUUGCGGAGCCUCCGUUUUUCAACAUGUUGAAACUAGGCCGUAAAAAGCUUCCGAAUCCAAUUGACUACCCCGACCCAAAUACCAAAAAACCUAAAACUACUACUCCCGUAGUGCCCAAAGACUACUAUAUUUAUCAAGAUCAUUAUGAGUUUGGAAGCGUGGAGACCACUACUGAACCAUUCUGGAAAGACUAUUAUUUCGACCCGGGUUACGAUUAUAUAACUGAUGAGUUUCAAAAAGACAACACAGUUUUCGAUGGAUAUGUUGAGACUUUUAAAUUUAUCUAUGACAUUUCAUCUUUUAUUGCUUUUUUCGUAAAUAUCUUUCAUAUGAUAGUUCUUACUCGCAAGGAACUAAGGACCCAAUUAGUUUACAUCAUUAUGAUUGGAAUUAGUCUAUGUGAUAUAUUUCAAUCAUUAGGAAAUGUUACUCAAGUUGUAAUGAUGUGGAAUAUAAUCUAUAAAAUAGAAGGAUGCUGGGGUGGUGUGAUCUGUGAGUACGAUUCUAAGAUACCUCCUUACGUUCCAUAUCGAAUGGUUGCAGUGGAAAAAUGGGAGAGAAAAUAUCUAGCAAUUGAUGGUUUUAUGGCAAUGCUUAUCAGCUGUACCUACUUUGCCGUGGCUAUUAUAUUAUUGGUAGCAGUUAGUAAAGCGAAGGAAAGGAGGAAGAAGUUGAGAAGUGACGCAUCAUCUAACACAUUCUGGCUGGUUCUAGUAAUGACUAUCAGUGUGUUCCUCUCGGAAAUCACUUACGGAGCUUAUUAUAUUACUGACUAUUUCUAUGUUCAAUAUUAUAAAGAACAAGAAGUUUAUCAAGAACUGGAUGCAUUUUCGUAUACCCUUCUCAUUGUCAAUUCGGUUACCCAUUGCUUGAUUUGUUUCCUAAUGUCCUCACAGUAUAGAGACCAGGAACCAUCUGCUUCACAGGUCAAUGUCGAUGACACUGAGUUCAAUGUGACCCCCGUGGCUAUUCCUCUGUUUCCUGUGGGAUUCGUUCCCUGA